AUGUCCUACUCGUUAAAAGGCCGCAAUGCCCUGAUCACUGGUGGCUCCCGAGGAUUAGGAGCUCUAGUGGCUCAAAAGUACGCUGCCGAAGGAUGUAACGUUGCGAUCAACUACCUUUCGAGUAAAGACGUGGCGGAGGAGCUCGCGUCCAGCCUACAGACUCAGUACGGCGUUAAGGCAAUCACUGUUCAAGGUGAUGCAAGUCGCCGUCAAGAUUGUAGCAAUGCGAUAAAGGCCACGAUUGAACAGCUUGGAGGUCUAGAUAUUGUGAUCUCAAAUGCUGGUUGGACCAAAAUGACUACAUUCAGCGAUUUAGACGCCAUGGAUGAUGAUGACUGGGACAGGUGCUGGUCAACGAAUGUCAAGAGCAGUUGGUACCUCUUCAAGGAAGCACUUCCUACAUUCAACGCAAACCCCGACGGCGGUGUCUUCAUUAUAACUUCGUCCACUGCAGCUGUCACCCCAAGCGGCAGCAGCAUACCGUACGCUGUGACAAAAGCAGCAGGUUUGCACCUUAUGAAGUGUCUCGCACAGAGCCAAGGUCCGAAAGUCCGCGUCAACGCUGUGGUGCCUGCUCUCUUGCUCACUGAAUGGGGACAACGGUUCCCUGCUGGAAAGAUCGCUGCCUUUAAGAACAAAGCUGUACUCGGGAAACUGCCUGAGGUGGAGGACGCUGCCAAUGCAUAUGUUAUGCUGGCUCAGAACUCGUCCAUGACUGGACAGUCCAUCCACGUUGAUGCCGGUUUUGCGAUCAAAUAA